AUGUAUCAUCUGGCCAAGUCCCUGUAUAUGUACGCUACUAGCAAGGAGGAAUACUCCGUACUCCUCCUUGGCCUCGAUAACGCCGGAAAAACUACCCUCCUGUCGCAAAUCAAAGCCCUCUAUCAACCCCGACCAGAUGGCGCCCCCGCCCCUAACCCCGGCAAAACCGUGCCCACCGUCGGCCAAAACGUCGCGACCAUCUCCUUACCGGACAUGUAUCUGAAGAUCUGGGAUGUGGGGGGACAAAUAUCCAUGCGGAACCUCUGGCAAAGCUACUACACCAGCUGCCAUGCCAUUAUCUUCGUCGUCGACAGUGCCGACGUCGGUCAAGACCCAGACAUCACCCGGCUUCCGAGUCGACGACCUAGCUCUGCGUCCGGUCCGUCAGGAGGCCACUCAGGCGCAUUUACGGAGGAAAUGGUCGGGAUCAAUGCGCCCGGGAGCGAUUUCGGUCGGCUCGACGAGUGCCGGCAAGUACUGGAAUCGGUUCUACAGCAUGCGGAUGUGGCGGGUGUACCGAUUCUCGUUCUCGCCAACAAGCAAGAUCGGGAGGACUCGGUGGAGGUUGUUCGUAUCAAGGAGGGGUUUGUGCGCAAGGUCUUUGAGGGAGAGUCUGGGGCCGGGGUGAGGGAUAGUCGUGUGUUACCGGUCAGCGCGUUGAUGGGGUCAGGCGUGCAAGAAGCGGUGGAAUGGGUGCAGACGCGAGUCAAGUGGAAUAAAGAGGGACGUCCACCGUUAAUGAAGUGA